AUGCUGCGAAGAGCUCCCAUUUACUGCGAGGCGGUCUUGCAGCCGCAGGAUGUCUAUUAUGAAGGAUCGGAAGACGAAGACUACGACAGUGCGGAGGCGCGCAGGCAGAGAUACGAAGCCGCCGGGCAGCGGUUCCUCGCAGGCAACGUUCCUUUGCUACUGUCUGCGACGUUGAAGGGUCCCUUCGAGAAAGAGUCUGGAUGGGUGAACCCGUGGCGAUCAAAGAACCGUACCGCCAAUUCUCAAAACUCACGCGAAUCUGACCAUGUUAUCGUGCAUUUUACCCCCAAGCGACCUGCCACGUCUGCGACUGUCGAACAUGCGAUAGAAGCUCUGAAAGGUGCCGAGUGUGCUCUUCCUAGUCCGGAAAGCCUCAAGCAGGCGCCAUUCACCAGCAUUUCCUCACGCCCCCAGGAGACAGGUGGCACGGCGCACGACCGGAGGCCGAAUAAUGAUGAGUUCUGGGCAGCAAAUUCACCGUCAAAACCCCCAAAGAGGAAAUCAAAAUCAUCGCCGGGAUCGGAUAGCGUAGCGAAAAAGCGCCAAAGAACCUGGUCAACCGAACCCGAAAUUGAAUCUCCAACGCCUAGGAAGAACCUAAUACCCAAGAGGGAUGCUACUCCAAGAGGAGCAAGGACGUCCAGAGCCAAUUCGGACGCCUCGUCAAUAUACUUGCACAUUCGAGAGCUCACCUCACAACUACCCCCUCCAGGAUCGCAAGAGCUGUCUAGUGAAGAUGCGGAUUCAGAUACUGAUGACGAUCAUCAUGAAACCAUCUUUACCCGUUCCUCAGUCGAGUUAUCUAUGGUCAAUCCACGCAGGACUCCCAUGAAAAAUUCUCCCAGCAAGACUCUACGCCUGAAUGAGAAUUCGUCCACGUCCUUGUUAUCCCCGUUUUCACAACGGAGCUUGAGAGGAAUUUCCUCUCCUCUAUCUAUUUCGCCAGCGCAAACGCCAACAAAACGGAAAGCUACACCAAGCAUAAUCUCCGGCCGUCGGCAGGCUUCAGGCGACUUAUCUACGCCAUCUAAAACGUCAGCGACCCUAACAAGCGUGGCAGAUUUAGAAAUGCUAAGCGUGGAUGAUGACAACGACGAAGAUCUUGACGACGCAACUCUGAUAGAGCGCCAGCUACAGGACGAACAACUCUUAUCUCCCGAAGAAUCCGAGACCAGCAAGGGAGGCCAUAAUAGCCUUGCGACAGAUAUGACCCCGGCAGCGCUUCCCACAUCUGAGCCGGGCUUGGAAGAGAAUCAAUCAGGCGAAGAGAAUAUAGUCGGAACUCCAAAGGCUAAAAAGGUGGAUCACCUGGACAGUCCAAUAUCUAAUCAUGAUACACCUCGUGGGCGUCUCAAGCUGUUUCGUGCUACUCAUUCUUCUCGGAUGGCAGAUCCUUUGAUUUACGAUGACACUGAGGAAUUCGAUCAGCGGACUUCCAGACCUGGCAACACAGCGUCAUUGAACUCACAGCAAUCCUUGCCCAGUCAAAAGGCCUCAAUCAACUCACCCAAGCCGAACAAAAGUCAACCAAUAGGUAGGAGUCCUACAAAGACAAUGAGUCUCCACAAGUCAUCUCCCCUCCGAUCUUUGAGCCCUCGGAAUGGUAGAAUCAACUCGCGGCCUGCUCUCAAGAAGAUGGUUCAGCCUUACAUGUCAAGUCUGCGCAAUUCACGAGCAGCGAGUGCAGAUGUAACUCGCCACUCACGAGUAGAAAAUAACCAGCAAUCGAACGAAAACGAGCAAGAAAAACAGGCAAAAGAAAUUUUACUCCCACCGGUUUCGAGUACUCCAGCAUCGCAUCCUAGCCCGAGUGAGAUUGUCACAGAUAAAGAUUUUGAAUCCGAUCAUUCUACAAUUGACGAUGCACAAGAGCUGGUGGAUCAAGAUACUUCAGCCUCAUCAACCACACUACACUCUAGCACUACACCUGUUCAGUUUGCCGCAUCUGUAGAAGUGGUGAGCUCAACUCAGGGGGACGUGCUACUCAAUGUUCUACAACAAGAUGAGCCAAGCCUUACCACACCAGAGAUGUCUGCCGAUUUACAGUCCUCUAUGCCUAUUGAGCAAGCUAUUCCAGAUGUAAUUGCGGCGCAAACAAACAGUGACAUGCUGGGAGAACCAAAUGACCCCAGCUCGGUAGCCCCUGUGGCAGAUGGUGAUGGUUGGGAAGACCGGCAAGAGCAUCAAGAAGGGACUGACAGACCUGCCGAAGCCGUUGCCGAAAGCCAUCUUUUACUAUCACAAGCGCCUCAACCUCCGCCAACCGUCUUGCCUGAACCUUCGGAGGAAGGACCAAAGCGACCAGCUACGCCAGAGCCGCAAUUCGCUGUUGCCUCUUUUUCAACGUUCAUGUCGCCCUCACCAAAUCUCCGCCGCCACAGAUUCUACUUUUCAGGGCCAGGUUUAAGUGGAACCGCUUCUAAAACACAGGGCACCCUGCUGUCUUGCUUGAAAAGGUCAUGGGGGAAUAAGAUUCCCCAAAAGCGAGUUUCUUGGGCUCCGCUACCGCAUGAAGGGAGUGACAGCUCCGGAGAGGAUGUCCCAUCAGGGACGGACACGUCAUCGCCAAUGACACGAGGCAGAGACCGAGCAGUUUCACCGCCUCCCCCACCGUCCAUGGGCUCCUCUUCCGAUUCGCUCAUGGAGGAAGACUCAAAGUUUGGUCUUCACUUUGCUGCAGUGGCUGAUCGUUCAAAGGGCAUAAACCCUCAAAGCACGCCUGCUGUGCCGGAAUCCAGAACGCCUAGCCCUGACAGGCAAGGCCUGGCGGAGAAGGUCGAUGCACCGCAGGUCAAGAAGAAUAGCUUUGCUACGAAGACUGCUACGAAGACUGCUACGAAGACUGCUACGAAGACUUGGGGCCAUGAUGACGAGGACCCCACCGACAUUGUACAAGACAUAUUCAACGAUAUGGACGACUUUUUGCAAGUCUGGGAUGUCGAUGCAGAGCUGAAUGAGGCACGAAAGGCCGAGAAGACACGGGCUAGCGGUGCAAAGGAGGCAGAACGUGCUUCUGAGGAGGAUGUAGACAUGUUUGCAUCCUUCCUUUAA